AUGCCGAAACGAAAAGCGACUACGAGGCUUUCUGGCUUAGUAGGCACUGACGAUGAAGAUGUGUCGCGAUCCGGUGCCGAUCGCGCGCAGAACCACGAUGAGCGUCCGACGAAAAAGACGAGGGGCAGGCCUCGAUCGAAGUCAGCAGAAAUGAAGGCACUUGCUGAAGAUGAAAUCCCAGCAACGCAGGAGCCCGAACCAACAACAAAGAGAGGGACAAGAAGGGGGCGCCCGAAGGGAAGCAGGAAUUCCGGGCAGAUGGCGCUCGACAACCCGGAAGACCAAGACCAGCCUGCGCGCGCUGGACAGGAGGACGCCGCGCAGGAGACAGACGGUGGUGAACAGGCCGCUGUGUCCGAAAAGACUGCGCAGCCCGCGAGAUCUACGAGAGCGACAAAAGGAGGCGCUGCACGCGGCAAGAAGAAAACUGCCGCGCAAAAACAUAUAGAGACCGACGGCGAGUUUCAGUAUACUCCGACUGGUGCGCGACAGCAGAAAGUGAUUGAGGAACCUGAAAAGCCAGCCGAGCCCACCGGUCGAAAACGCCGCAAGUCGGCGACAACGGCGAGCGAGGAGACACCUGAAGUUCAACCUACAGCUCAGGAAGUCGUUGAAGAGACAAUCCUUCAGGAGGAAGCGCCGGAGUUCAUGUCUGUAUCCCCUGCAAAGCGGAGGCAAUCCUCUUCACGGCCCUUCCAGAGCUCUCCUGCGAAGAGAAAGUCCGGAAGUGGAGAUGAGAGGGGCUCCGAGCCCGAGUUGAGGCGUAGGCUUGGUGAUCUCACCAAGAAAUAUGAUACUCUCGAGAACAGAUAUCGUACCUUGAAGGAAAUAGGGAUUGUUGAGGCGAAUGCUAACAUGGAAAAAUUAAAGAAGCAAUGCGAGUCCAUGGCAAACGCGUCGAGUAACCUCGUCAACUCCCUGAAAGCCGAGCUGGAGGCACAGAGGGCCCUAGGCCAGAAGAGCCGCGCGCUUCAGAAAGAACUGCGCGAACGAGACGCAGAAGUAGCUAGGCUAGCGGAAGAUGCCGAGCAGUCGGCCAGUCAACUCGCCGCUGCCCAGUCCGAAGUCAAGGCGCUGCAAACGAAGCUUGCUGCUGCGCGCAACACGGCUGCUUCACUCGAACAGGCUGUCCUGAAGCCUCCUGGCAGUGCUAUCAAGGGUGGCAUCAACCGAGCGACUGCUGCCGCCAAUGCUGAAGCCGCGCAAGCUGCACAAUUCGCGCAGCUCAAGGAGGAUCUCUACAGUGACCUCACGGGUCUUAUAGUUCGCGACGUGAAGAAGAGGGAAGACGACAAUCUAUAUGACUGCAUUCAAACCGGCGUCAAUGGGACUCUUCACUUCCAUCUCGUUGUCCCUCAUACCUCGCCGGCAGAUUUCGAGACGGCGGAGUUCCAGUACGUUCCUCUCUUGGAUGAGAACCGGGACCGAGAUCUGGUGGAUAUUCUCCCAGAAUACCUUACAGUGGACAUUACUUUUGUCCGCCAGCAGGCUUCCAAGUUCUACACGCGGGUGAUGGACGCGCUUACAAAGCGACGGCAAAGUCAAGGUAGCUAA